AUGAUAGUAACAAUUAUUUUUGGAGGGAAAAACAAACCUUUUUUCACUAAAAAACCUGAAACCCUACUUGCACCUGAAUUUCCCGCCAUUUUUAAAAAUUUUGACAUUAAUGAUUUUGAAAAAUCGUCAGAGGAGAGGCUGAAGUGUUCAACUUUUAAAGUGAAUCAGUUACUUUCUUCGCUCGUUAUAAAAGAUGAUUCGCUGUUUGAAAACUCACUGAAAAUUCCGAUACUCGUGAUAAAAAAUUCCCAACUAAAAGAAGCUUACAGUUUUGGGGACGGCUACGAACUCGUGGUUCCCAACAAUUGGGGUUUGGAUAUUUGGCUUUCAUUAAUAUACGCUGGAGCUUCUGCUACUGGGAUUGAAGCCGAUUCAUUUUUAAAAUUGCAACUCAAUAAACCCUUUUUUCCACUUGACUAUGUAGACACCAAUGCGGGAAAAGAAUAUAAUAAAAGUUUGUAUACGGAAGAGAGCGAGACUUUCGCCAAACGUCCGUCUUCAAAAAAAGUAGCGAAUCCCUCGCCUCCGUCCGACUGGCUUUCGCUAUUUGAUUCUUCAGUGAAAAGUUUUUAUAUUAUUCGCUCCUCUAAAGUUAUUAAUGCUAUACAGGAAUUUUUAAAAGGCAAUGGAAAACUUUAUUCCACCUUCGUGCCUCACCCCGGAGCACUAUUUUUAGCAUAUAUAUCCUCCAAUAAGAAAGUUGCGAGAGCCAAAGCUUCCAUAUAUAGAGGAAAUGACGAAAACCGGGAAAGACUCGGAUUCGUUCUAAGGGGGGAAUACUGUUUUUCAAUUGGACGGGGGCUUUCUCUAGCAUUUAUUAGCUACACGUCGCUAUUAAAUAUAGCUUCUCCUGUUGAAUGUAAAUUUUACUUUCAAAACGAACACUCUGAAUUAUUACUUCCUUGCGAGUUUGUGAUAAAUAAAACUAUAUAA